AUGAAAGUGUGUAAUGGGAUAGAGCAUCCUUUGAUUACAUGGUGAAAAUAUUUUUGGCACUAGUAUGGUUUGAAAAUAUGUUUGUGGCACUAGUCACAUGCCCAAGCUCUUCACCCCUCCCUGCUAACAUUGAAACAAUUAUUCAAUGUUGAUUCAUUAUCCAACAAACUAUAUUUGUAUGCCAACCCUUUCCCACAAUACUGUACUGAGAAUCCCAAAUCAUCAUCCCCUGGAAUUAAGAAGCGGUGCCCCCGGAAGUAGUAGAAAAUUUAUAGCAGUAUUUGACAAAUAUUAGUGUCAGUGAUAUAUCUUAAUUUACUAAAUCAAUUUCAAAAUGUUUUCCUAUUUCUACAGCUCAAAAUUGAUGCAAAUCCCGAGAUCAAAUAUAACCAAGUAAGUUAACAUGACACGCACUACAAGCCUGGACUUACAAGCCUGGACUUGGCAUAAUUGUCUGGCGUCAUUGUCUGACAUUGUCAAUGUCUCAGUGAAAUGAAUAUCCGAAGCUAAGCUAAGCAUGCUUGAAAUGACAAAUGACUGAAAUUCAACAUAUUUACACAUAGUGAAAGAAUUGAUUUUCAUAAACAAUCGACGCAUAUGUUCUAUUUAUGUUAUUACAAAACCAUUUAGAUUUUUAUCAACAAUCAAUUUCAAGACUCUGUAAGUGGAAACACAUUUCCGACCAUCAAUCCUGCUACUGAAGAGAAAAUAUGCGAUGUUGCUGAAGGAGACAAGGUACAGCCCAGUGGUCAAAUCAUAUAGACAUACAGAAAUAAUGAAGAAAGGAUAUUCUGUGACUGUUGCUGCAGCGCGCAUGUAUACUGAUAUUGCAACCAAAUUAAGAGUUGCACGUCAUUACUAGACAUGCAUCAUGCGUUUCAUUUUCUUGUGUUUCCAGAUAAUUUCUGUUGUAUAAACUGUUUCGCCGCGUUGCCUGAAGGAACAAAAAUUUUAUGUAACUAUAGAACCAGCUGCAAAAUUAUAACCUUACCAAGAGUUGCCGCCUGUUAUUUAUAGGAAAGAACUAUUUUAAAAAUGAUAAUUAAGGGAUUUUUGAAAAACCAUUACCAAAGUCUGAUUAGUGCUCCCUGCAUGGGCAGUUCGGUUAAUAAAUUACCUAAAAAUGCAUGUUUUAUACCAUUACUUAAUUAAAAGGAGGAUGGUGACCAUGUAUAUUUAAUUUAUAGAAGAAAUCAUGUCGGAAUUUCCAUGGGAGUUCUGUCUGUGACUGAGGCAAGAGCGUGCCUGUAUUACUGUAUAUUGCAUUGCAAACAACUAAAACAAGUGGUUGCAUAUAUCAGCUGCAUUUCAAUUGCCUGUGUUUUCAGAUCAUGCAGUUCUGUUGUAUAAGCUAUUUCGUGUUUGCUGGAGCAUUUAGGCUAAAAUGUUUGAUUAUAUCGUAUGUAAAUGCCUUAAUUAAAUGGUGGUCGAAAAAUUUAAAUUAGUAGGACAUUAACAGUAUUCCGACAUUUAUAACUCUCAUAUAUUUUCUUAUACAAACCCUUUAGGCUUUAUCAAGCGGACACCUCAGUAAUUCGGACAUGCAAUUUACUGUAUCCACUUCAACAUCGAACUGUAUUAACACUUUAUAUUGAGUGUCUUUGCACAUUCGUUUUUAUUUUUGUAUUUGAUAUUACUGUAGUAUUGUUUACCCUGCAGGCUGAUGUUGAUCUUGCAGUCAAAGCAGCUACCGAGGCGUUUAAACUUGGCAGCCCAUGGAGAACUAUGAAUGCAUCAGAUCGAGGCAAAUUAUUGUAUCGUCUUGCUGAUUUGAUUGAGAGAGACCGAGAAUAUUUAGCUGUAAGUUAACUAUUACAAUUAUAGUUGCAUGUUAAAUUGAAUGUACGGUACAUUUGAUUACACGUUUGGGUUAUGAACUGAAAUGUAAUGUAUCAUGUAUACUACAGUAUCAGACUUUGAUCAAGACAUACUUUCAUGACAAAAACCUCCAUAGGUACAAUAAUGUAAAUUUAUACAAUAUAUUUUCAUAUAUAAAGGCGUAGAGAAGCUUGAAACUUUCACUCAGAAAUUUUGGAUUAUUAUAAGAUCUUGUCUUUGAAAUUGGUUUACGCUAUGGCACUUUAAUGUACUAUUUAAAAAACGAGCAGGAGUGUUUUAUUAGGUUUAAAGCCACGAGCGCGCAGCGCGAGUGGCUUUAGACCUAAUAAAACACGACCUGCGAGUUUUUUAAAUGGCUUCAAAAACGUUUGCAUAAUAAGUCAAAUCUUUAUAUAAAAUUCUUUAUAUAAAAUUCUCAAAUUCGUUAAUAAUUCUUGAGUAAAUUAGCAAACGAAAACAUUCUGUUACGUCUCGAUUCAUUUGAGAAGCCAUAUAAACAACUCGAGGCUCGAGCUCGUGUCUCACCGGGAUAUCCAAACACUCGAAAACAAUGUAUGAAAACACUCGCGCUUCGCGCUCGUGCUUUCAUACAUUGUUUUAAUUCUCGUGUUUGGAUAUCCCGGUGAAACACUCGCUCUCGUUGUUCAUAUAUUACAUCUUUAUAUAAAAAUCUUUAUAUAAAAGUCUUUAUAUAGUUUGCAUAACAAUGGUCUUUUGUUAAAAUGUUCUUUAGCUGGUAUAAAGACGUAUGCACGUGACUAAUUUCUUACUCAAGAUUGGAUAAUUGCUUCAUGAAUUAUUAAUGAGUUUUUGAAAUACUAUUCUUUGCAUGAUGACAGAAAAUGCGAUACAUUACAAAUUUUGUGACAUAUUGUCCAGACUUCAUCGGGUUUUUGACUAUACCAACAACUACAGUUCAAACAGGAAGGCGUGGAUUUAAUAUACAGUAUACAGUACGUAUUCUUUGAGAAUACUUUUUAAUUCAACAAAGUUCUUUUUACUAUCAGUUUGUAUUUUUCAAUAUCAUCCUGCUACACACCCAUUUAAGUACUUAUCGAAACCAUUUUAAGCUUUUCAAAACAAAAAGUACCCAAACGAUGCAAACUUUCGAAGUAUAUCUGGGAAUUACGACAAAGUAAACAAAAACGUUUUAAUAACUUGGUCCAUCUUAAAACAUUUCUCUCACGGGAGGUAAAAGAAACAGUUUUGACCUACUGUAUAUACAUAAAACAUUCAAAUUUUGAAUAAACCACCUUAAUUAAUAACAAAGAAAAUAAUGCAUAGAACGUGUGGGCGCCCACCCACGUUUGGACCACGACCAUUUAAGCAGCUCACUAAUCGUGUCAAUCACCUGAAGAAAAAGACUUUUUGCUUUGAAAAAGACUGUAGUGGAAAAUUUGCGAAACUAUACUCGACAGUACUCGACAGAAAAUAUAGUUAUAAUGAACAAGACGUUCUCUUCAACGGCCCAUGCACUCCUAAAUUUAUUUGACCAAGUUGGAAAGCCAAUUAGGAAGUUCAUUUUAUGCAUAUGAGUGCGAAGAACAUAUUAUCAGAGUCUAUGCAUUGCUCUUUAAUUUACUACUACGUUUUACAUGUAUUUUCCACAGAGUCUUGAAAGUCUUGACAAUGGCAAACCAUGGAAAGAAUCGUAUUCAGGUGAUCUUCAUCUGGUAUUGAAAUGUUUUCGCUAUUUUGCUGGUUGGGCUGAUAAGAUACAUGGCAAAACCAUUCCAUGUGGUAAGUGAGAUUUACAUGAUUUCUAAAUAGUAAUACGUAUAUUUCCUAGAAUCGUUGUUUUGAAACUUCUACACCUUUCUACGCCCAGACCAUUUCAGGUGGAGGCAAAGAUAAACACCCAAUUAGUGAAUUAGUACAUUAAUUACACCAGUUAUUAUUGACACGAAAAGUUACUUUAUUCUGAUUGGUCGGACUGAAAAUAGAGAAUGAUGUUAACGACACAAUUAUCCAGUUUUCCUUCGUCCAUUCGAUCAUUUUAGAUGGCGAUUUCUUUGCAUACACACGUCUUGAACCAAUUGGUGUGGUUGGACAAAUUAUUCCCUGGAACUUUCCUUUAUUGAUGCAAGCGUGGAAACUCGGUCCAGCUCUUGCUGCAGGAACAUGUAUUGUGAUGAAACUUGCAGAACAGACACCAUUAUCAGGACUCUAUAUUGCAGCUCUAGCUGCCGAGGUACAGUAUAUAUACUAUUACUUUUUAUUAUCAUUCAUCUAAUUAUGGGAAUAAGGCCUGUUUUCUACGUCGAAUUUCGAUCGCAUCGAAUGCAAUACAAACAAUAGAUAAUGAAGCUUAAUGAGGUUUAUCAUCUCAUUAUCUAUUGUCUUAGUUGAAUUCGAUGCGACCAAAAUUCGACGUAUAAAACAGACCUAACUGGUGCAAAUUAAUAAUACGUCAUUUGCAAAAUAUCAGCGGAACAGUUUCUACUCAGCAUACACAUUUUAAAAGGCAAUUUACAGUUGCAAAAUAUCAAUUUGUCCAUGCGCCCUUGAUACCUUGGUGAAGUAAACAUGGUUACAAUUUAUCAUGUUUGCUUGACUAAAAAAUGUCGAAAAAACAAAAACGCGACAAAAGCUGCCGAAACAAAAUAGAAGACAAGUUACAAGCUUUGUUACAGUUUCGGCUGACCUGGGAAGACUCGUUAUUGUUCUCGUUUGUUAAUCUUUGAACGAGGCAGUGAGAGGCAUGAAAAAUUAAAACAACUAUUGAACGCAGUUAUCGUAAAAUAUCGUGAUUUGUCAGAUCAAUCACGAUCUUAGGUUACUGGCGUUUUCGGCUGACCUGGGAAGAUUCGUUAUUGUUCUUGUUUGUUAAUCUUUGAGAGAGACAAUGAGAGUGAGACAUGAAAAAUUUGAAACAACUAUACAAUAUAUUGAACUCAGUUAUCGUAAAUAUCGUGAUUUGUUCCUACAGGGGCCGGUUGCACGGAAGCCGGAUAGCGUUAUCCACUGCAUAGUGAUUUUUUCAAGCUUUCUUGAAUUAGCCGUUGGUUGGUAUAACCCAGAUUAAACUUACUAAUUAAGUUUCCUUUUAUAUUAAUUAUGGGAUCCAUGUUCGUAGUUUUUUCACUUUUCAAGCAUUUUUACAACGGUUGAAAAGAUCACUAUCCGGUGGAUAGCGCUAUACCCGGCCUAAGUACAGCACCCUGAUGUUUUCAUAUAAAAGUGGGUGAAGUUUCUUUCGGUGUAAAUUCAAAUUCAUAUAAAUACAGUAGAAUUCAUGCAUGUAAUUAGUGUCUUCUGUGUCUCUCUUCUUGUGUUGUAUUAAUUAAUAAAGAUUUUUUCUAGGCUGGAUUUCCUCCUGGAGUUCUUAAUAUUGUUCCUGGUUAUGGUCCAACUGCUGGAGCUGCCAUUUCUGAACAUUUGAUGGUAGAUAAAGUCGCUUUUACCGGAUCAACGGAGGUACGAACAGACUGUACGCCCAUGAACUUGUGGAGGGGGGAGACAGGGCUGCAGAAAGAACAGACUGUAGACCAAGUGGAAGCUGGGAAGUAGAAAGAGCGGGGUACAUUUUGUUGCUGAAUCUCUGGGAACCCCAUAGUCACUGCCUGUACUGUAAAUACAACCUCAUUCCCAGCCUCCCACCUGUUGUGGAGGAAAGACCCUGGUAGGGUGGUAGGAGCUGUUUUAAUUGAUGAUGAUUAUGUUGAUAAAUAUUUGAUAUUUAUCAUUGAUUUUAUUUUAAAGGAAUACAAGAUAAUUCAUUAGAAAUCUGCUAGAUUUUAGCAGAUCACGUGACAAGGCAUUUGCCCCACUGGGCCCUUUCCUUAGCCCCACCACUGAAGAAAAAAAUGGCUUAUUGCCCCAAAGCCAGGGCCCUUGGACUUGUAUUGAGUAAAUGAGUUUAACAUUGAAAAGAAGUUUAAAAAACAAAAUUUGUUGGUGAGCAUACUUAAACUUAUGUUAUGAUUGAAUGUUAAGCAUGCAAUUUAUUGCAAAUUUCACCAUUAAAACUUUUUUUUGAGAAGCUGAGAUUUUUUUUAAAUGUGUUCUCAGAAUGCAGUAAAUGCUAUUUCAGAGACCCAAAUUUUAAAAAUUUCCUGGGGGGCAUGCCCCCAGUUUCAACCCUCUAGCUAACUCGUGCCUGCGGUACUCUGCUCACACCUUCGGCGAUCGCAUACUAUGCUGGGGGAAGGCAAGGGAAAUGGGCCCUCUGGCAGUUUUGCCCCACCACUGAAGAAUCCUUAAAAUGCACUGUCACGUGACCAAUUCCUACCAGGGUCUUUCACUCUUUCCACAAGAGAUAAAAGCCUGGGAACGAGGUUGCUGUAUGUAAACUGUUUUAACAGUCCUGUUUUGACUACUCUGGUUUUGCAAUGGAACUCGCAAGGAAAUUACAUUUCUAUUUGUGUAAAUUUUUAUAUCUAACGGCAUUUUUUUUGGAGGGGGUGGGGGGGGUGGGAGUAGUUUUAUUUUAUUUAUUCCAUUUUAUUUUACAAUAACUGCCAAAGACAAUCAACAUAAAUACCACUAAGACAUUAAUGUCCACACUGCACAGGUGGGGAAAAUAGUUCAAGAAGCCGCUGGUAGAAGUAAUUUGAAGAACGUCACUCUGGAACUUGGUGGAAAAAGUCCUAGUAUUGUGUUUGCAGAUUGUGAUAUGGAUAACGCAGUUGAAAUGAAUCAUGUUGGUUUGUUCCUCAAUCAAGGUCAAUGUUGUGUUGCUGGCAGCAGAAUAUUUGUCGAGGAAUCAAUUUACGAUGAGUUUGUUGCUAAGAGUGUUGCUAAAGCUCAAGCGAGAGUUGUUGGUGAUCCUUUUGAUGAGAAGACAGAUCAAGGCCCACAGGUACAGUAGUACAGUAAACACCAAGAUGUGAGUGAUAAGUUAUAGGUCCAGCCAACUAAAUGUGAGAGCGCUCCCAUCUCAUAGCAAAGAAUGAAUGAAACGACUUUUUAAAUGACUGUUUCAAGUGCUGACAGCGUACGGGCCUUUAAGCCAGUUUUCCGCUAGCGAAUUUUUUUCGUGCGAAGCGACCUUUUUCCUUUGUCGGUAUCACCACUGGGUAUCACUUAUAACGUCAGCAAGGCGUGGCAAAAUGGAUGCCGACAAAGGAAAAAGGUCGCUUCGCGCGAAAAAUUCGCUAGUGGAAAACCGGCUUUAGACCGAAUACAAUUCAAUAACUGAGCGGCUUCAAAGAAGGAAUCUAUGCGCAGAGUAAAUGAGUAAUUGAUGUUUCGCUUCGUAUCAAAAAAGAUUAGUGCAGUGUUUGCAACAAAAUUUCACUGAAAGCGUAUUUAUAAAGCUAGUGGUUAUUUUACGUUCUUCAUUUUGUCCAACUUCAGGUUGAUAAAGAACAAUUCCACAAAAUCAUGGAUUUAAUUGAGAGUGGUAAAAACGAAGGAGCAAAGCUGGAAUGCGGAGGAGAUCGUAGUUCAGAUAAAGGAUAUUUCAUUCAACCUACUGUGUUCACUGAUGUGCAAGAUGACAUGCGUAUUGCAAAAGAAGAG